AUGUCGGUGGAUCUCUUAAAUUUAAAUUUUUUCAGACUCCAGCACAGAACUCACGGGGAGUUCUUGCCAAAUGUCCCCAACCGCCCAGGAGCAUUAGUCCUGUGUACUCCCCCGUCUAUCCAAUCUUUCUUAAAAGUUCUUCCAGCAAGCAUCCAUAUCAACAAAAACGUCAAAAGCACCACUCAGUUGUCUCAUCCCAAACCCAAGACUACACAAUCACAAUUUGCGGCACAGCGAAGACCACCAGCUAGUACUGUACGUUCUACGGGUUUACGCCGGAUUUUAGGCGACCCCAGUGGAGGUAACGAUGACGGGAGAGUAGAUCAAAAGCGAGAUAUAUCAGAGGUAUUUCCCCAUGAAGGUUCCGGCCGAGGGGGCAUGGUUCAGGAGGUCAUGGUACUGUACGAGAGAUUUCGAUUUCUAUACCAUAAUUCGCUGUCAUGCGGUCUUUGCCAACGCCCUCUCCCAAUAUUCAAUAUCACAACCCCCCUCGACAGACAUGUCAACAAGCAAUCCAAGUUUAGAAUAGUACCUCUAUGUCGGGGGGCUUUUGACUCCUUUUUAUGGAGGUUUUUUGUCCCCUCUUUUGCAAUAACUAGAAAAACCCAAAAUAAACCCACAUCCAUCCUGUCGAUAUAUUAUCGACGCUUCCUCCUCUAUGCCCGCCUCGCUAGAAUCUCGCUUUCUCUGUCGGCCGUGAAAGCCAAAUACAAGAUAAGUCAGGGUAUAUCUGAAAUGGCACGAAGAAAGAUCUCAGAUGAAGCACACUACUACCGGAAAGGCUUGCAAGGAUGGCCUCAUUCCCCUUGCCGCCGUCUACCGCAAUUAAUGCCCUUUGCUUCAAUUACAUUCACUUCCAGCAAACAAGCUCAAAGGAUUAAGAACCAGUCACUAUCUUUCAUUGAGGUCUGCUUUGCUGCACAACCCAUGCAACAAUCCUGGCCUUCGAGAAUGACUCAAUGGACUUUCACCAAUGCGACACAGACUUUCUUGAUCGGUGUUGUCGACAGACUCGACACCGCCACAGGAUUGAGAUGGCUAGCCACUCCACAUCCAAUAUUGUGUGGUUUGGGCAACCCAGCGGCUCUUCUAGAGCUCAUUGUAACUCCGUCUCUCUACCUUUGCCUUCUUCGAGCCCUCUUCUGCACCAUAUCAAAGUCAAGAGUUGAGACAGAGGGAGUGUGGCCCCUCACGGGACGGUCAAUCCACAUUGCACCCGCCAGGGAGCCGAGCGCCACCAUCCCCUACCUAAAUGAAUUCACCCAUCCUUGCGAACACGUAAAAUAUACAAAACAAUGUUUUUCAAGUCGUAUGAUUGUAAAUUUUGGGGUGCGAUCCACGGAGCCGGGAAGAAGGGAGGCGGCGCGGGGGGAAGCGGUAGUGAGAAGGGAAUUAAUGAGAGGGAGUAAGCUGUCGCACGUGUCUCACGCGAUACUGUACCCAUAUCUCAAUACUUUGUUGACUCGCCUACCCUAUGACCCCUUCUCAGCUCAUUCCCUUACAGGGUAUUCCCCUGUGUCAGCACUUCUCUCAGUUUAUUCACAAAUCCUAUCGUGUUUUUUCCUCUUCACCAAAAUGACAACAGGCGUUGAUUCCAAGAUUUUCGUAACGCGAACCGUUCUUCAUUUUCUCAGUAAAUCAUGGAAUACGCCUAUCUUCAACACUUCCAAUACCAUGGAAUUCACAGAGGCCGCGGAGUACCAACAGUUCGCAUUGACACACUUUCUACGCGACACCAUACUUCACAACUAUGUGAAAAUUAUUCUCAUAUAUAUAUCCCUCUUUUCCUUCCCUAACUCAUCCAUUAUCAUAGUUCGAAUUCCCAAAGACUUCAUAAAAACCUCCGCAUCACCGAUCAUUCUCAGUGGCUUCGGCCCUCCAUAUCGACUUUCCACACCAUACCCCAGCACAACAACCCCAAUAUGUGCUACUACAUCCACGAAGAUUUCGACUGCAAGCAUGAAAGAAUCACUGCCUGGGGGUGUCCAAAUGAUCCGAGAUAUGCUCGAAGAUCUCACUAUUCGAGACAUUCUUCUAGUGCGUGGCGGUAUCCACGUCAGCGGCCGGAUCUGUUGCAAGAGCUUUGAGACGUAUUGGACGCAGGUUAUUGGAAAUUGUGGGACCGCUGGGCACUACCCCUUCAAAAUUCUUCCACAUGAUCAGAAACCUACCCGAACUCGAAUCAGAACAACCAAGAAUAUACUCCAGAACCUACAGAACGUGGGAAACUUUGAGACUCUGGUUAUAUGUCGAAGUGGCUACGGCCAUACCAUCAAAGUCCCUGCCUGCGACUCUCGCAACAACAACUACUACAAAGUCUCGCAUGAGCUGAGAAGGGGUCAUAGGGUAGGCGAGUCGACAAGGCGACCAUCCUAUCCACGAGCAUUACAACCCGGACAAUAUCUCUUCUGUGAAGGCUCAUGGAUCCAAUGGGAUGGGAAGGGAGAGGGUAAUUAUGGCCCUGAAGGCUUUGAUGGAGAAGGGGUUAAUUGUCCGGGCUACGCCGCACCACUUCGAGAGGAUGAGAUGACCUACCCCUAA